AUGGAACGUGUCCAAAAUCGAGCCUUGCGGAUAAUCUACCCGGAAUCAAGUCCAAAAGUCGCAUUAAAGGAAGCAAAAUUAUUAACACUGAAGGACAGAAGAGAAAAGUUAUCACAAAAGCUAUUCUCGUCCAUCGAAACAAAAGAUGAUCAUAAAUUACGCCAUUUACUACCUAAAGAAAACUUACCAACACAUAAUUUUAGAGAACUGAGAAGAUUUAAUCUUCCCAUUAUUAAUACGAAUAGUCAUUCCUCUCCAGAGAUAGAAGAAUCAGAUUUAAUCCACCAUGUCCACUCAGUCAUCGACUGCUUACCAAUUAGCACAGCAAGACUGACCCAACUCCAAAACGAGACUGCUGCUGACCCAGUUCUCCAACAGCUCAAACAGUUUACUCUAACUGGUUGGCCACAACAACCCCAACAAAUUCCUCCAGCAGUCAAACCGUACUAUAGCAUCCGAGAAGAGAUUACCCACAACGAAGGUCUACUACUAAAGGGCCAACGCAUUAUUAUUCCUGCCUCACUACGCCCCACAAUGAAAGAAAUCAUCCACCAAGGUCACAAUGGAAUUGCCAGAUGCAAAAGUCGAGCUCGACAGUCCAUAUAUUGGCCAGGCAUGAAUUCCGAGAUCGAUGAUCUUGUCUCUAGUUGCCCACACUGUUUAACACACCGAAACCAGCAACAAAAAGAGACCCUCAUCCAACACAAUGUGCCUGAAGUACCCUGGACAAAAGUUGCAUCAGACUUGUUCACGCUGUACGGACAUAACUAUGUUAUCAUCACCGACUACACCUCAAAGUACAUCGAGAUCGAACGUCUCACCGACAAAUCUUCCCAAAGCGUCAUCAACAAAAUAAAGAAAAUCUUCACUCGUCAUGGUAUACCUAAGGAAGUUUACACAGAUAACGGACCAGAAUAUACUGCCCAAGCAUUCAAACAGUUUGCAAAAGAGUGGGACUUUAAACACGUAACAUCAAGCCCCCACUUCGCCCAGUCAAAUGGGUUUGUCGAGAGAGCGAUCCAAACGGUGAAAAAGUCAUUCAAGAAGGCACAUGAUGCGAACGAGGAUCCAUACCUCACCCUGUUGAUCUUAAAUACGACGCCAGCAUCUGACGGUGUGUCUCCAGCAAUGCGCCUCUUUAAGCACCAACCCCGCACCACCCUACCGUCCUUGAAUCUAACUAACAUUUCAAGUCCACCGAAAACCACCCCAGCGAACGUCAAAAAGGCCUUCAAUCAACACGCCAAGGAUCUGCCGGACAUAGAACCAGGUACUGUUGUCCGCAUGCGCAUUCACGGGGAAAAGCGAUGGAAUGAAGUUGGAAAGGUGGUUGCGAAAUGCCAGGAGCCUCGCGCAUAUCGUAUCCUUAACAGCAAAGGAAACGUCGUCAGACGGAAUCGCCGUCAGUUAUUACCUUGCAAGGACAAAUUCCGUAUUCAGUAUGACCAGGACGAUUACGCUGAGCUGCCUCCCUCAAACAUCCAACAACCGAAACCGAAGACCUCAUUGCCUGCAUGUCAGUCUAUUGAGGGCCUGCCCAGAUCAAGUACUGUAACAAGAUCCGGACGAGUUGUAAAUAAACCCGUAAGAUAUCGCUGA